GCGUGUGGAAGACAGGUAAUGCCACUCAAAGCCGCACACCUGACGGCCGUUUAGCCGUUUAGCCGCAGCCUUUCAGAGCAGGUGUGUGAUAAAAACCUGCCGUGUAACACGAAGCACGUUCCUUCUUUUUCAUCCCACACCGACCGCUUUCCCAGAAUGGAGUUUACGUCGUGCUAUUAGAGGCUACGUUCGCCCAAAUGUAACAAAGGACUGAGUUUUUAACAUAAUCACUGAUACCGGGGGUACUUCUGUGCCCCGGGCCCCUCUUUGGGCCGCUCAGGUGGAAUGCACAUCUCCGCUCCUGAUGAGCAAAGGGUUAAAAGAAGCGCAGCUAGACGCCGGUGGAGCUGAAGUCAUCCGGCAGAGCGCACGGCGAGGAGGAGGAGGAGGAGGAGGAAGAGGAGGAGGAGGAGAGAUACAGAGAACACCUCCAAAAACACCCAUCUAGGACGACUCAAGCUGCGUAUGUGCUCUCUGCCGUUUUCUUUCAAUCUUUGUUGUGUUCCUUCUCCCUGCUGUUAAGCGCAAACAUAUUCCGACGCACAGAGGAGGGGAGGUGGACAGAGAAACAAAUAAUAAACGCCCCCCUCCCCUCCCCCUCCCUCCCCCAACACCCACCACUCCCCCCCCUCCUCUUCCACAACUAUGGCUCCAACGACGCUCGUCGGAAAGCUCGGCCGGUCCGCUUCACAGGAGCGGGCUGCAAUGCAGGAGGAGAGGUCUGCCGUGCUCCACCGAGUGUGAGACCAGGAAGAAAUAUCAGCUGACAGCCGGCCCUCGCCUCGGGGGACAGAAACAGACACCCUCAACCUGGAAACCAGAGGCUGGAAACGGCUCAGUUCUGCCGUGCGUACAGUGCGCCUCCUGUCCACAACUCUCACCUCCUCUCCUCACUUUCUCCUGGAGAGCCAACACGAGCCUUUUGUCUCUCUGACCAACUUGGGGGAAACUUUGGAUCCCGGAUCAGAGCCUGUCCCCGUUGAGUCUUCAUGCAGGGAGCGCAGUGAGCAUCGUGCGCUCGGCUGCGGGGGACUGGAAACGCAGCGUCGGUGUGAUAUUAUUAAAACUCCUGCAAAGUCUCCCAAAGUCCAGGGGCCACCGCUGCGAAGAUGCCCGUCCGGAGGGGCCAUGUGGCUCCGCAAAACACCUUCCUGGACACCAUCAUCAGGAAAUUCGACAGUCAAAGCCGUAAGUUCGUCAUAGCCAAUGCAAGAGUGGAGAACUGCGCCAUCAUCUUCUGCAACGAUGGCUUCUGCCACAUGUGUGGUUACUCUCGUGCUGAGAUCAUGCAAAAGCCAUGCACAUGUAACUUCCUGUACGGACCUGAUACCAAACGACUGGCCAUCGCCCAGAUGGCACAGGCCCUGCUUGGUUCGGAGGAGAGGAAAGUGGAGAUCAACCUUUACCGCAAAGAUGGGCACUGCUUUUUGUGUAUGGUGGAUGUGGUGCCAGUGAAGAACGAGGAUGGCGUGGUGAUCAUGUUCAUCCUCAACUUCGAGGUCAUGACAGAGGGGACAUUCCAAGACCACAAAGAGGAGCUCAACCACCGCCUGCCCACCUGGCUUGUCACAGGUCGCCCACGAGGCUUCAAGCUGCGUCUUCCACUGCUGCGCUCCUUGUCCAACAGUAAAGCGUCUCUGGACGACGCAGAGGCCGGUCAUAUCCCCACAGCUACACCUCUGCCGCUGCACCCAGACCACCAAAGUCACGAGUCCUUAGGCCUGGGGGAGCUGUUGCCCCUUCCCCCUUUACCACCAGACCACCAGGAGCAAAUCAGUGGGAGCAGGUCAGCUCUACAGGGUUGGCCGGAAGACCGCCAGGAGGACCAGCGCACCUUACUGAGCUCUGACCCUCCCGUACCCGCUGCUCCACACAGAGCCCACCUGGCGGGUCCCCUCACCCAGUCUUCACCCUGCGUAGCACCUCACCACCGCCUCAGCCUCAACCCGGACGGCUCGGGCUCCAACUGUUCCCUUUCGCACAGCCGCUCGCGGGAGAGCUUCCACAGCAUGCGUCGCGCCUCCUCCGUAGACGAGAUCGAGGCCAUGAGGCCCGACUGGGACCGAAAGAACCGCAGAGCGAGUAUCCGGCAGGGCAGCAGCAGCACUGGUGCAGUAAACAGUAAGUCCAACAUAUUGAACUCCACGUCGGACUCGGACCUCAUGCGGUACCGCACCAUUUCCAAAAUCCCACAGAUUACCCUGAACUUUGUGGAUUUCAAACCUGACCCACUCAUUGCCCUGCCCACUGGAGAGAUGGACAUCAUAGCUCCCUGCAAACUCAUCGACCGCACCCACAACGUGACAGAGAAAGUCACACAGGUGCUGUCUCUGGGUGCAGAUGUAUUGCCCGAGUACAAGCUGCAGGCUCCUCGCAUCCACAAGUGGACGGUGUUGCACUACAGCCCCUUCAAGGCGGUGUGGGACUGGCUCAUCCUGCUGCUGGUCAUCUACACCGCCAUCCUGACACCCUACUCAGCCGCGUUCCUCCUCAACGACCAGUCUCUUCUGUCUAUUCUCACCUCUCAGGAAGACCCAGCCAUGCAGAGUUGCAUUUACUCCUGCUCUCCUCUUAAUGUGGUGGACCUCAUAGUGGACAUCAUGUUCAUUAUUGACAUCCUUAUCAACUUCAGGACAACAUAUGUGAACUCUAAUGAUGAGGUGGUGAGCCAUCCGGUGCGCAUCGCCGUCCACUACUUUAAAGGCUGGUUCCUCAUCGACAUGGUGGCGGCCAUUCCCUUUGACCUGCUCAUCUACCGCAACGGCGAGGAGACCACCACUCUGAUUGGUCUGCUGAAAACGGCUCGUCUCCUUCGAUUGGUGCGUGUAGCCAGGAAACUGGACCGCUACUCGGAGUACGGCGCAGCUGUCCUCUUCCUCCUCAUGUGCACCUUCGCCCUCAUCGCUCACUGGCUGGCUUGCAUCUGGUAUGCCAUUGGUAACGUAGAGAGGAAUGGUUCAAUCGGUUGGCUCCACACACUGGGGGACCAACUGGGAAAACACUACAACGACUCCGUUCAAGGUUCAGGACCCUCCAUCAAAGACAAGUACGUCACAGCUCUGUACUUCACCUUCAGCAGUCUGACCAGUGUGGGAUUUGGAAAUGUCUCCCCAAACACCAACUCUGAGAAGAUCUUCUCCAUCUGUGUCAUGCUCAUAGGAUCCCUCAUGUAUGCCAGCAUCUUUGGGAACGUGUCAGCCAUCAUCCAGCGGCUGUACUCUGGGACGGCCCGCUACCACACCCAGAUGCUGCGAGUCAGGGAGUUCAUCCGCUUCCACCAGAUCCCGAACCCGCUCAGGCAGAGGCUGGAGGAGUAUUUCCAGCACGCCUGGUCCUACACCAACGGCAUCGACAUGAAUGCUGAUGAUUGGAAGACUUUGUCUCAGCAUGCAUGGUCCGACACCGUCAGAGAAAAUAGGAAAGAUGUGCUGAAAGGCUUCCCAGAGUGUCUCCAGGCAGAUAUCUGCCUGCAUCUGAACCGGACAUUGCUGCAGAACUGUAAGGCUUUUAAAGGCUCCACCAAGGGCUGCCUCAGGGCAUUGGCCAUGAAGUUCAAGACCACCCACGCACCCCCUGGUGACACGCUGGUCCAUGCUGGGGACGUCCUCACAGCCCUCUACUUCAUAUCUAGGGGAUCUAUAGAGAUACUAAGAGGAGAUGUUGUGGUUGCCAUCCUGGGGAAGAAUGACAUCUUCGGCGAACCUAUCAACCUGUAUGCCCGACCAGGUAAAUCCAACGCUGAUGUGAGGGCACUGACCUACUGCGACCUCCAUAAAAUCUUUAGAGAAGAUGUUCUGGAGGUUCUGGAUAUGUAUCCUGAGUUUGCAGACAACUUCUGGAACAACCUGGAAAUCACCUUCAACCUGCGAGAUACCAACAUGAUCCCAGGCUCGCCAAGCAGCGAUGACUCCAACUGUGGGGGAUUCAAUAAAUUACGCAGACGCAAGUUAUCAUUCCGAAGACGUACAGAAAAAGAUGAUGCAGAUGCUGGAGAAAUUAAAAAGUCUCAUAAGUCUGUGAGGCGAAGACAGAGGGAGGCAGCCAACAACCAAAAACACGAGGGUGCACCAAAGCGUAAGUGGGAGGUGCAUCGAAGCUCAGUGUCUUCUCACUCCAGCGGGGAUGAGGGGGAAGAGUCACUUGUGACCAGGCUCGCGCCUCCACCGGAAACGCUGGAGAAUCCUCAGGCUCAGGCUACACCCAUGAGCUUUAACGAGAACACUGAGGGCGAGGGAGACCCCAAAACUGGGAACACCUGCAACGCUCUGUCAGGUGCAUUCUCAGGUGUGUCCAACAUCUUUAGUUUCUGGGGGGAGAGUCGGGGCGGUAGUCAAUACCAGGAGGUUCCCAGCUGCAGCCUGGCCUCUCCCCCACCCCUCAACACGCCGCUGCACAGCCUGAGCCGACAUCAACGCAACCAGCUGGACACGCGCCUGGACCUACUGCAGAAACAGCUCAACAGGUUGGAAAGUCGAAUGUCAACGGACAUCGGAGCAAUCAUGCAGCUGCUGCAGAGACAGAUGGCCCUGGUUCCUCCUGCCUACAGCACUGUCUCCUCACCACCUCAGGCUUCACCCUACCCCGGCCCUGGCCCAGGACCAAGUCCAGGAGAGAGACUGAUCCAGCCUGUUACACCUCUGGAGACAGACACUCUGGCAUCUCUAUCACAGAUCUUGGAUACCCAGGACUUUGAGGAAUUCCCAGCUAAGCCUCUUGACUCCCUGCAACCCCAGAACUCCCCACUGCUCAAUACCAGCCAGGGCCAGCUUGCCCCCUCUGGACUGGACAGCCUGGGGCAGCAUCUUGAACUGGAGCUGGGACUGGGGACUGGGGUCAUUUCAGGGCCAGCAGUAGGCUCAAGUUUAGGGUUAUCUUUAGGGAGUAGAGCAGCAGUGGGGUCAAGCUUAGGAGCAGGGUUAGACUUUGGUUCAGGGGUUUGUAUGGGGGCCGGGGCUGGGCCAGCAGCUGGAACAGGAGUAUCUUCCCUGGAUCCCGAAACCCAAAGGAGGCUGUCCCUUCAGGAACCACAGACUCCUCUGGACUCACGGACACCACAGAGACACAGCUCCGACCCAGGAGGGAGCUAAGGAAUAGAUGAAGGGGGGAGGAGAGUGGGAGGGGAAAGAGAGAUAUGGACAGAGAGCAAGUGUUUUAUCCUGCUGUUUGUACUGUCAGGACUCACAGGACUUUGGAAAUCAAGGGGCACCUACUGUACCUACCACUAAAACCCUUUAGGGCACCCAGCUACUGUAUCUUUCCACCUCUGACCUCUCAAGAACAGACACACAGCUCAGAGAGAGUGAAGCCAGGCCGAGGGGGGGCGGGGGGCUCAAGGAAAGGGUCGAGGCCUCUCUUUCUGUCUCUCUCUUACAUAACCUCCCCCCUCCUCACCAAACAAAUGGAGCAUUCUGAACUCCACAAUGGUACAACCUUUAACCAAAACCACAAAAAGAGCAAAGAGGGGCUCUGCAUCGUAAUGGAAAAGGUCCAGGUCAACGCAGACUGAUCUGAUGACACAUCUUCACACACACGAAAUGACUGCUAACCUAUAGGAGAAUCCCUUUACUGCUGUAUCCAGUGUUGGAUGACUGACAAGAAGAAGAAAACAAAACCAACAACGGACAGAAUUAUGACGAAACAAGUAGCCAUUUACGUCUUGCACUGAUAUUGAUAUAAUGAUAAUUCUAUUCUAUAUGUCCGUGGCGCUUCCGAAAAAAAAAAAAAUCACAAACUGGUUGGUAAAUUGUAGUGUUAGCUGGCCUAACAGGAAACCUGCUGUCCCGUUCUGUUAUUGGUUCCGUUCCCCCUGAUGUCCUGCCCCAAGAGGUGGAGCCGAUGCGCCCCCCUCCCCCCUUCCCAAGAGCACACUGGAUUGGCUGGUUUGCACCUCAGGGGUGGGAACUGGAGGGUUAAAAGCCAUGAAUUUUCUCGACGAACAUAUCAGCUGCCCUAUCAUAAACGUUGUACAGGUUUGCUAGUGGGUGAAGAACGUAUGGCAUGCUUAGACAGUGUCACAAACAGGUAAACUGGCAAACUUACAAGAUAAGAACAGUGCACCAACAGCAAACUAUAAACAUUUAAACAAGCAGGAAAUCCCAGCUUACUGAUUCCAUGAGCUGUGACCUUGUAGAGAAACAAGAAGUCGAUUAUCAAAGUGAAGUCAGCAGUGACAUGAUACUGACCUGCUGUGAUUUCUAAAAAAGCAAGAACAUGAAUAAAGGAAAAAAAAGUGGAAUGAUUCUAGUUUAUCGUUGAUGAAUUUGCUACCUCAGAUUUCAUUGGUCCUUACUUGUUUCACCUGAGCAAGAACCCCAAAUGCUUUUACCUUGUACAUAACAGUUUGUCAUGUGAUGUAUAAAUAUACAAGUUUGCCAGUUUACAAUGACCAGCCGAAUGCGCCAUUAUUCUAUGUGUGAUACAAUAUGCAAACACUGGCAAGAAGAGCUGAGUGAGUGCGCUUUCAUUUUCUUAUUGUGUGAUAAGUUCAGGUCCAAAGCUUUUUAUGUGUGUGUUUGUCCUCUUUAUUUAUUUAAUUUUUUUGUCUUUCAGUCUGCAGAACAUGUCAUGCAGUACAUUUGCUUCCACACACUACUGAGGGACAACGGAUUUGAAUACUGAGGACAAUUUUUUUUGCCCCAGAUUUAUUUUAUUAGCUUGUUUGAUAAAAAUGCUAGAGUCUGUGUUCCACAAAUAAAAAUCCUUUACAGCGUACGUUUUAGUAAACUUAGGAGGUCAUCACAGAAUUUUCAAUACUACAGCAGUGAUACUUGAGCACUGCCGUUUUUGGUAAAGCUUAAGCUCAUUACCUGCCGCUCUCAAGUCCUCAGAUACACAUGUGAUCCUGUCACGUCAUGCUAGCAAGCCACCAGCUCUGAGGUGUGAUGGUGACUGCUUCGCCCAAACACCACUCUGUUAAAACUGAGGUCAGUUUGUCACUGAAGGUAAUAGAGCUUAGUUAAAUUCCUUUGAUUUUUGAUCAAGUUUAUCAAUCCAUCACACUGCGCCAUUCAGGUUGAUCAGAGUGAAGCUCAGGCUUCAUUUGGUGGCUUCACUUCAGUGUGGUGACACUGUGCUGCUGGCUGUGUGACCUACUGCCAUCCACCACAGUACAAAUAACAUUAGUUUGUAAGAAUUUGGAAAGGUAAUGUGUUGAAGAGUUCUUGGAACCGUGAACUAAAAAGGCCCAGGUUUCCAUCUUCCUUCAUAAUGUACAUAUAUAAAUAAUACUGUACAUCCAGUGCAGUGGAAGGUUGUGCUUCAUGAAAGCAGUGCAGCACCUCAAAAGCCAAAAAGAUACCAUUGGCCUGUCAAAGAACUGGCAUUUGAUAAAGGCUGGUUUCUCAAUCUCAAUAACUACCAUAGCAAUAUAAUUUUCCCCUAGGAUUUCUCAUAAAUUAAUAAGUAUAUUUCAAAGGUGGUGAUAGAAAUAAACAUGGAGUAAUGGUGGAGUCCGGAUGUGAAAAAAUAAGAGCAUGUGCAAUGAUACACCUUUAGAGUGAAGUUUAACUAAAAGGCGUUUUUCAUUUCUAAAAAAAAACCCCAAACAAACAAUGUUUUAGUUUUAGCAGUUUUCCUUUUUAGUGGCAAAGAUGAAGGAAGAUAAUAACCCAUCUUCAGCAUCUUCAAAUUGUCUUCCCUUACUAAAUAUACGGACAGACCCUUUCCUGUUCAUCGCAAGCUGGAGAGUCAUACCAGAGGAGGGAAAGCCUGUUGAAGUGCAAUAGUCCUUUAAUAGUUAAGUCUUGUAGCAGCUUAACCGCAUCCAUUCAUUUUAGCACUUUAUUUCUUAAGCAGUGCAGAGUUUUAUAAUAGAGACUCAGGAACGUGUCAUUGAUGUUAGAAGGUUCAUUUUCCUUUUUCUCAGAACUUAAACCAACCAAUUAGAAGGAGGGAAAGAAGUAUUAGACAAAAGUGACAUUUACCAGGUCGGAAUUCCCCUUUAAUGCAGAAUUGUGAAGAUUGUAUUUUGCUGCUGGCUGGUCUAAGCUAUUAUAUUUAUUUAUUGUUGUAGGAUUAAUAUUGUUUGUGGAUUGUAGCUACUAUGAUUUGUCACUGUCGGAUUAAUGAACAGCUCAUUUGGUGGAGCGAGUGAAGGCUGUCUGUGUAAGCAUCUAUAACUUCUGGACUAAUCCGGACAUUUACGCUUGCGCAAGCGUUCUCAAUAUUUAUUCAAUAUUUAUGGGUGUAAGUGCUUGCUGAGCAGUACACAUGAUGAUUAUUAGUGUUAUUAUUAUUAUCUUUAAGAAUAAUUCUAAAUUGAUCAACUCCCAAAGGCACACAGUUGCCGUUGCCUCAUUGCCCGGUCGGCCUGCUCUGUCUGCUGUCACAGCUGUUGUCAGUGUUCCUGUGUGUGCACUAAUUGGACUGUGUGGCUUCAUGUAUGCAGCUGAUAUCACACUCUGUAGAGGUGCACUUCACUAAGGAACCAAAGCAAGUGAGUUCUGUAAGAAAUGAUUGUUGGUGAUAUUCUUUAACUCACAUGUGAAUAACAAAAUGAAUUUUGGCUCAACUUUUGACUGAAGUAGAAGAAGCUGUAGAUGCAGCUGGAUUAUCUGUGAUUUUGAAGUUCAACCAAGGAGUUGUUUUUUUUUUUUUUUUUACAGCGAUACCAUAAGAAUUUUUUGGGGUGGUUGUGAUUAAGAUGGUUUGGAAAACUUGAGUCCAGAGGAUUAUUGUAAAGGUGAGGAUGUCCAAACAUUGUUAGAAGUGAUUCUUGCCACUUUCGGGUGAAAGGUGGUUCAGCAUAUUAAUACGUUCAGGGGCGUGUCCAGACUUUUGUCACUGGGGUGGCCCAAGUGGGGAUAUAUGUGCGUGCGCAUGUACAUCAUGUCAUGACGGUGCUGUUAAUAUCAAUAGCAUUGAUAUCUUAUCGACUUUAAUUCAAACUUUGCAAUAUCCCACUGUUUCAUACGCUCUGGUAUUACAUUUUUUGAUUUUUGUUUUUUUUUCACAUGACAUUUCUUUUGCUGGCACAUUUAUCCAAAGCAAAGAGUGAGAUGAAACAUAUAACUUAAAGCUUCCAUGCUUAAUUCUUUAAAACUGCAAAAAGAAAUUUUGCCUCAUGUAAAUCGGCUUCUUGCAAAAUACUGUUCAGUUGAUUUGAACUAAGGUCCUGCCUGUCACUGUGCAGAUAGCCAAUCAUAAUUAAGCGUAAUAGGAUUGGAAGCUGAGCUGGCCAUUCAGAUUCCAGUGCCACCCCAGCCCCUCCUUCUGGGCACAUCCCUGACUGUUUUGUAUUAGAGCUUGUGACAGAGUUGCAAGAAUCCUUAAAACGUGUGUGAAUGCAUCACAGAUGUCCACAGCUGAUAAGCUGACGCUGACCAAAUCGAUCUGCUGAAUCCUUCUUACUACUGAGCCCUAUCUGCUUUUUGUCGUGUUUCGUAUGGUUUAAUUUGCUGCCACGCCCAUCACCAUCGGUUAGUUUUCACCAGCAUGUGGUCACCGGGAUAUCAAAUGGCUCUUUGACUACAAACUACAGGCUCAGAUAUCCACUAAACACAGUGAAUCUGUUUGUAUUUAUAGUGCAGUGCUAAGGUACUGGUGUUCAGAAGUGGACUCUCCAUCUCACAUACUGUAGCGUGAGUGUCGUUAGCAUUCAAUAACAGUCACCUAGUGGCCUGAACUGUAUCUUUACAUUCAGAACUAUGACCUCAAAACUAGAAUGUGGUUGUUAACUUCUUAUUUGACCUUGUAUGUGACUGUAGACGUUAUUGGAAUAUUCAGUGCUAGAUAAUACAUUUAUGUAACGCACACUGCAUAUUAUAACAGUAGAGGGUGCACUUUGAAAAACAAAACAAAACAUGGAGGACUGGGUGUGUUUGUGGGUGGGGGGUGGGGGGGUGUUUAAUAAAGUUAGAGUGCUUUUCCCCCUUUGCAUUUGAACACACAUGCACACACGCGCACACACACACACUUUCCUCAAUGGCUCUUCCAUACCACUGAGCUUUUUUCAGCUCUGUUCAACUUUCUAUGAGUUCCGACAGACUUGAGUCCUGUAUUUGUAGAUAUUUUGAGCACUUGGGGAGGGGGGGUUUGGUACAGUUUACACAACACUGGAUCUGCUCUGUCACUCCUUGCCUGUACAUACCAACUUCGACUACUUGUAAAGGAAUCAAACUCUUUGGCACUCAUAUAGCCAGCACUAUGCAGAAACUGAAAACAUUUGUUUGGCAUGCUUUGAAAUGCAGAAUACUAUAGAGGAAAAUAUACUAAAUGAAUAAAGUCUGCUCUAAUUUCUUAUUGAAAUAAUCACCUUAUUGAAAAAAAAAGAUGUGUGGACAAAGCUGUUUGUGUUAUAAAGAUGGAUAUGAUGAUGAGGGUGAUUAAAUGUGAUUAGGAUGAUGAAGCUAAAGACUUUUAAUAUUGUGCACAUUUUUACUUGCAUGCUGCGCUGAAAAUCAUCCAGCAUUGAGAGGGUUUGAUGUGCAAAGCAGCUGAUUUUUGCUGUAUGCUUGCAAACUGUGUGUAGAGUGAAACACUGAAUUCUUCCAGGUUAUGGGAGAGUCAUAUUUAUAUAUACAUAUAUAUUCAUACUACUUCCAGGUCAUGGAAGAGAGGGGUACUGAAUAGCUGCAAAUAUAGUGAUCCUAGAUGAUACAAUAUUAUAUUGUAUAUUUGUAUCUUUGGUUGCGAACCACAGAGUGAUGCAUGUGUGGCGGUCCUGAGCAGAACUAUUAUUACCCAAAUAUCAAGGAGCGCUUGAUUUUCCUUAUCUGAGCUCUGUUUCCACUCUUUUUACAGGAAAGUUAAAUCAAGGGAACCUAAAAUAUUCGAAAUCCUGCUUUUGCCCAGCUGGGACAGGCUACACUCUGAAGAGUAACUGUUCUCAACACAUCUGAACGCAGUUUGGGAGACACGUGUGACUUUCUUUUUAGCAUAUGACGUGUUAAAAUCUGUUAGCAAUAGCAUAUCUUAGACACAUUAUGCUAAAAAGUACUGAGAUGUGUGACAUGUCCCAAAGCAAACUCUCACAGGUGUUUUGAAAAUGGGCCUUCUUCUUUGUUAAUAGUGUGUCCUCUCUGGCUGUCCCUGGAGUAUCAUAGAUUUGUAACACUGGAUUGGUCGAUGGAGCGCUCCUAGGAGCUCAUAAUACAUGAUUCAUAUCAAAUGUUGAAGAAAGUUGCAGGGGGAAAUGGUGAAGCUCCAGGUUCUGAUUGUGUGAUAGCAUUAUUAAUGGUUGAACUUUAUAAAAUUUCAAAAUAUUUCUUUCAAUAAACCUCUUUGAAAG